CUGAGUCGUGUCGCGUAUACAAAUCACAUCCUCACGUGCCAAGAUGCCUUCUGAGAGCCAGUACCCCGGCCUGCCCAUUCCCGAUGUGGACCUUGUAAGUGUCGCUGUGGCCACGGUGCAAGCUCCGGUGGCGCCGUGAUUUACUGACGGCUGGGGCUGCAAUCCAGUGGACGUUCAUGUUUGAGAGAAAGGAUAAGCCGUUUGCAGAUGACAAAGUAAUCUACUUUGACCCAUACACCAAGCGGUCCUACACCUAUGCACAGGUCCGCGACACUGCAAUCACUUUUGGCAAGGGCUUGAAGGGCCACUGGGGCUGGCAAAGAGGCGACGUGCUUGCGCUGUACACUCCCAACUGCAUUGACACCCCAGCCAUCACAUGGGGCUGUCAUUGGGCUGGCGGUGUGCUGUCUCCAGCUAACCCAAACUACACGGUCGAUGAGCUUGCCUUCCAGCUCAAGGACUCUGGCGCAAAGGCCUUGGUAACACAGCUGCCCUUCAUCAAGAAUGCGCACGCGGCGGCGGCCAAGGUUGGCAUGCCGCUCGACAGGGUCAUUGUAAUGGGAGAUGAGAAGGACCCCUCGUUCAAGAUCAAGCACUUUACAAGUAUCGUCAACAUGGAGGGUACCGCGAGGUGGCGAAGGACAAAGGCGCCUAAUCCAGCUGAAGACUUGGCAUUCCUCGUCUACAGCUCGGGCACCACGGGGCAUCCCAAGGGCGUCAUGCUUACUCAUAGAAAUAUUGUGGCCAAUACCAUGAUGAUCAAGGUUGGCGAGGCUGGCAAUCUCAAGCCGACUGGCGGCCCUACUGGCGAAGGCGACAAGCUUCUUGCAUUUUUGCCCUUUUUCCACAUCUACGGUCUGACAUGUCUGAUCCACCAAAGUUUAUUCUCUGGCCUCCAGCUUGUUGUCAUGCCAAAGUUUGACCUCGAGGACUUUUGCAGGUUCAUCCAAGACCUCAAAGUCACAUUUGCCUAUGUCGUACCGCCAAUCGUCCUUCUUCUCAGCAAGCACCCCUUGGUGUCAAAAUACGACCUCAGCACUAUCCGCAUGAUGAACUCUGGCGCCGCACCACUCACGCGCGAGCUCGUAGAUGCCGUGUACAAGAGACUGAAGAUCCCCGUCAAGCAAGGUUACGGCCUGUCAGAAACCAGUCCCACCACGCACACCCAGCCCUGGGAAGACUGGAACAAGACCAUCGGUUCCGUUGGUAAACUGCUGCCCUAUCAGACAGCCAAGUACAUGUCAGCAGAUGAGAAAGAGAUGCCGGUUGGCGAGGUUGGCGAGCUCUGGAUCAAAGGUCCAAAUGUCUUCAAGGGCUAUCUCAACAACCCCGAAGGAACCGCGCAUGCAAAGACAGCAGACGGCUACUUCAAGACGGGAGAUGUUGGAUACCAAGACAAGGACGGCAACUUUUACAUUACGGACCGCGUUAAGGAACUCAUCAAGUACAAGGGCUUCCAGGUGCCACCCGCAGAGCUUGAGGGCAUUCUAGUUUCUCAUCCCAAGGUCAAUGACGUAGCGGUAAUUGGCAUCUACAGCAAAGACGAAGCCACCGAGCUCCCCAGAGCCUACAUUGUGCCCAAAGACGGGCUCGGCAAGACUGACGCGGAUGCAAAGGAGAUUAUCGACUGGCUCAGCACAAAGGUCGCGCAUCACAAGCGGCUUAGGGGCGGCGUGCGCUGGGUGGAUGAGAUCCCCAAGUCGGUUAGUGGGAAGAUCCUCCGGCGGAUGCUCAAGGUGAAGGCGCAGGAAGAGGAGGAUAGCAAGGAAAAGGCGAAGUUGUAGGUUAGCGUGCCUUUACUUAGGUGUCGCUACUGCGGUGUCGCUGUUUGUUACCUUUACUGUAUACGCUAAGAUAUAGUGGGGCUUAAGAAAUACUACACUUAUC